AGCUUUUCCACUCGAGCUUGACAGGAGAAAGAAAGCACUUCCGGUGUCCUUCUACUGCCGGCCCACGGCUGCACGUGACAGGGAAAAGGUCAGUGUUGGUGGCAGUGAAGCAGCGUGUAAAGUCUUGUGGAUCAUGGCUCAGAACUUAAAGGAUUUUGCUGGGCGUCUGCCCGCCGGCCCCCGAGGAAUGGGAACUGCUUUAAAGCUGUUUCUGGGAGCCGGAGCUGUGGCUUAUGCAGUGAAAGAGUCCGUAUUUACAGUGGAAGGAGGUCACAGAGCUAUUUUCUUCAAUCGUAUUGGGGGAGUACAGAAAGAUGUAAUUCUCACAGAAGGGCUCCAUUUCAGGGUCCCCUGGUUUCAGUACCCCAUUAUUUAUGACAUUCGUGCAAGACCAAGAAAAAUCUCUUCACCAACUGGGUCCAAAGAUCUGCAGAUGGUAAAUAUCUCACUGCGAGUCCUGUCCCGGCCGUUGGCCUCAGAUCUUCCGUCUCUGUAUCAGCGGCUCGGCGUGGAUUACGAUGACCGAGUUCUGCCGUCCAUUGUUAAUGAAGUAUUGAAGAGUGUGGUGGCCAAGUUCAAUGCGUCUCAGCUCAUUACACAGAGAGCACAGGUCUCCCUAUUGAUUCGGCGGGAGCUUACGGAGAGGGCAAAAGAUUUCAGCAUUAUCUUGGACGACGUGGCCAUUACUGAACUGAGCUUUAGCAGAGAGUACACUGCCGCUGUUGAGUCCAAGCAAGUUGCCCAACAGGAGGCCCAGCGAGCUCAGUUCUUGGUGGAAAAGGCCAAACAAGACCAAAAGCAUAAAAUUGUUCAAGCAGAGGGAGAGGCAACGGCAGCAAAAAUGAUUGGUGAUGCCCUCAGUAAAAAUCCUGGUUAUCUGAAGCUUCGACGGAUUAGAGCAGCUCAGAGCAUUGCAAAGACUGUCGCAUCCUCUCAGAACCGCGUCUUUCUCAGUGCCGACAGUUUGGUGUUGAACCUUCAGGAAGACUCAUUUACCAGAGGAAGUGACAGCCUUGUUGCCAAACAAGGAAAAAAGUGAGCAGCGAAGAUUAUAUUUCGGUCUCCAGUUCCUUCCCCGACCACUUAUUCCCUUGUCUGUCUGUCCGUCUCCCUUUUAUCCCCCCUAAAUGUCACGUCCCUCUGGGAUUGGCUGAAACCUGCCAUCACCAAGAUCUUUAUAUAAAACAACCGUACCUCUA